AUGUCAAAGUCGACGACAGCCAAAGCCAAUGAUCUCAUCCUCGGCGUCUUUUCUAGACUGCCUCCGUCGCCAGAACUCGACCAUGCCGUCCGUUUCUUGAGCACUUGGUCAGGCUCAGACAGACUCUUCCAGCGCAAAGCUUCUGUUCCGCUACUCGAGAUGCGCGCUCGGAUGGAGUAUCGCAAUGGACUGCGCAAGAUUCCUAGCAGUACGACAGCGGCUCGUUGGAAGAAACUGGGCACCGUCAUCUCAGACGCACGGACAAUGCUGAGACUCUGGGGUCUCCUUCCCAUCUUCCAGUGGCUCAUCUCGCUCGAACGCACCCCUCCACCAACCAGGAGACUGUUGACAAUUGAGAGAAUUCAGGGACUUUCCAUGCUUGCCUAUUAUCCUCUUGAACACCUUUACUACUUUGGCUCACAGGGGAUUCUCCCUAUUUCCAAGGAGCGCAUCGGCAAAUAUUCGCUCUGGUCGUGUCGCGCUUGGGCACUCUACGUGUUUCUUCAAUUCUUGCAUCUAAAGGAAGAUUGGAGACUCCUCAAGAUGCGCGAACGCGCAAUCACGAAAGACGCCACGACGGAGAAGCGGGCUUCCUCUCCGGAACAACAAAAUCUCAGGCUAGAGAUCCAAAGGAGAAAGAAUGCCAUUCUCAAUGAGCUCGUCGUCAAUUUAGGAAAUCUUCCUCUAACAGUUCACUGGUCGCUGAAAGGUGGCUUGUUCAAAAACGAGUUUUGGGUCCACUUCUUUGGACUUAUCGCGGCGGUUGCUUCGUUUAGGGGUAGUUGGAUCGCCACUGCGGGGCCUGUGCGGGGCUAA